GCGGUGACGUCACGGCCACGCCGGGUGGGCCGAUGCGGCGGCGGCGGCGCCGGGAGCAGCGGGAACGGCCCCGAGAACACCGGGAACAGCGGGAAUAGCGGCACCGGGAACAGCGGGAACGGCACCAUGGAGUACGUGAGCCCCGAGCAGCUCGCCGGCUUCAGCAAGUACAAGUACAGCGCCGUGGACAGCAACCCCCUGUCCCUGUAUGUCAUGCAUCCCUUCUGGAACGCCGUUGUGAAGAUCUUCCCUACCUGGCUGGCCCCAAAUUUGAUAACGUUUUCUGGCUUCCUGCUGCUUGUCUUCAACUUCUUCCUCAUGGCAUACUUCGACCCUGACUUUUAUGCUUCUGCUCCUGAUCACCAGCAUGUUCCAAAUGGCGUGUGGAUUGUGGUGGGACUCCUCAACUUCAUGGCCUACACAUUAGACGGCGUUGAUGGGAAGCAGGCACGCAGGACCAACUCCAGCACCCCCCUGGGAGAGCUCUUUGACCACGGCCUGGACAGCUGGGCCUGCGUGUACUUCGUGGUCACCGUGUACUCCACCUUCGGCCGGGGUUCCACCGGCGUCAGCGUCUUCGUCCUCUACCUCCUGCUCUGGGUGGUCUUGUUUUCCUUCAUCCUCUCCCACUGGGAGAAGUAUAACACAGGGAUUCUCUUCCUGCCCUGGGGAUAUGACGUCAGCCAGGUGACCAUUUCAAUUGUCUACAUAGUGACAGCCUUUGUGGGAGUUGAGGCCUGGUAUGCACCUUUCCUGUUUAAUUUCUUAUAUAGAGACCUAUUCACUGCAAUGAUUAUUGUCUGUGCCCUCACUGUGACCCUGCCCAUGAGCCUGUACAACUUCUACAAGGCCUAUAAAAAUAACACCUUGAAGCACCACUCUGUGUACGAAAUCCUGCUGCCCCUCGUGUCCCCGGUGUUGCUGUUCCUGCUCUGCACCACCUGGAUCUUCCUGUCCCCCACUGACAUCCUGGAGGUCCAGCCCAGGCUCUUCUAUUUCAUGGUUGGAACAGCCUUCGCCAACAUCUCUUGCCAGCUGAUUGUGUGCCAGAUGAGCAGCACUCGGUGCCAGCCCCUCAACUGGAUGCUGCUCCCCAUCGCGGCCGUGCUGCUGCUGGUGGUGUCUGGGCUGGCUCCUGGCAGUGAAACGCUCCUGCUGUACCUGCUGACUGCCUUCCUCACCCUGGCACACAUCCACUACGGAGUGGUCGUGGUGAGCCAGCUGAGCAGGCACUUCAACAUCCGGCCCUUCUCCCUACGGAAACCCACUCCGGACUGACUGGGAGCAGAGGAGGAGAAAAUCGGCCUGCGGGCUGCAGAAGGACUGUAAAUACCUGCUGCAAAUACCUGUAAAUACUUCAGCCAUCACCACAGAUCAAACUAUCCUCUGGACAGGGCCAAGGACACGCGGGAUCCGCUGCAGCCGGGGCGGGGCUGGGCCGGGGCGGCUCCUGCUGCUCUUCCAUCCCUGCAAGCUUCGGGUUUUGGGUGGAGCUGGAGGAGGAGGAGCCUUUCAGGUCGCUGUUACUGUACCUUAGACCAGCUGAAUGUUCCCAGAGAAGCCUCUGACUCCGGCCCUUGCUCAGGGAAAGCUGCUUGGGGAUGCAAAUGCUUUACCUGAGCAAAGCACCUUGGCCUAACACCAAAACCAACACAGCUGAUUGCUCCAAGGGCAGGGGGACAUCCUGGGGUGGUUCCUGGCUGUCCCCAGUCCUGCUGUCUGGACAGCCCCUGAGCUGGGCUGGUACUUUGGGAGCAGAUGGUGACAGUUCUCCCACAUUCUGUCCUGCCUUCCUGCUUUUGGGCAAAUACUCACUAGCACCUUUGUUGUCUUUUUUUUUUUUUUUUUUUUUUUUUUUUUUUUUUUUUUUUUUUUAAUUUUUUUUUCCUCUAAAGAGCGGGGAAAAAAAGACACUCAAAACUUGUAGUUCAAUCCUAACUGGGGGGCUUGGAAAAUCAGGGCUCAAUUUCCUGAGGGAAUGGGAAUGUGGCUUCUGUAGGUUGGUGGUACCUGGGGCCACAUCUCAACAUGUUCCUGUGUGUCCAUGUGUGUUCCCAGUUUGGGCAUGGGGUCUAGGCUAUGGAAGGUGGCUGAGACUACAGAGCCAAGCUCUUCCCAUUCCUACCAGCAUGGAUUUGCUCUUAUGGCUCCAUGGGUCCCUUCCUGCUGCCUGACCCCUCUUCCACAGCCAGGAACAGCCUGGCCCUUCCCAACUGCAAUUGCACCGCUGGGAGAAGCACCUGAAGCCCUGUGUUGGUCCUGUUGCACCUUCAGGAUGCUCCCAGGAGUGGGAACAUUUCCAGAUCUCCCUCUCUUUGUCCCCAGCACCCGCGUGUCUCAUCUCUUUGUUUACUGUCCACUUGUCAGAGAUGUGUUUGUGUUGAUUUGGUUUUUUAAUUUGUUUUUAUAAUUGAGUUCGAGUGGGGUGGUGAAGACUGAAUGCUGAUUUUCUUUCCUGUUGGCUUGAUUCAAUGAAGACCUGUGCUUGAAUGAAGAGUGUAGCUUAAACCCAGGCUCUGGAAAGGCUGCAUCCGGAAGCGAACAAGCACAGCUGAUUGUGCAGGUGGAACUACCAUGGGAACAAAGUCCUCCAGACACUGAUUUUGUUGUGCAACGUGGGGCUUCACAGCCUGGUCAGAGCAAUCUCCUGCUCUGGGAAACCUUCGAUGUGUAACUGAUAUUUAAUGCUUUUUCUUUUGGAAAUCGGAAUCACUGUCACGCCGAUGAGGAGACUGGAAACCCCUGAGGUCGAGCUCGUGAGUUCAGGGGUUGCUUGAUCAGCCCUGGGCAGCUCAUGGGCAGCCCCUGGUCAGCCCCUGGUCACGGUACAGCCUGUGAGGAGCAAACUGGGCCCUUGCCAGGGCUGCCAUCUCUCCUGGGAGGCUCCAGUUCUGCGUGUGCUCACGUGCCCCUGGGGCUGGGAGAGGGGGCAGAUGGUUUUCAGAAUUUAUUUAAUAAAGUAGCUUCCUCCAAUCCAUUUUACUGAUGUUGUACAGAAAAAAGAAAACAAAAAACCUCCAUGGACAAAUGACUUCAGCUGCACCGAGUUUUUGACUCCUGCUAUUUCAUGAAAUAGAAUUAUGGAGAUAAAUUUAAGUUCUGCUCGCACAGGAAUCAGAGGGAAUUUUCAUCUGGGACACAGCUUCCUGUGGGAUUUGGUCAGAUAGCAGAGCUGGGCUGGUAACACUGCACAAUGUGGAUGUUGGAUGAUUUUCUGUCUAGUUUUGUGUUUCCCCAAUCAGGGAAGAACUGAGCUGUUCCCUCGGGCUUCCAGCUGAACUCUGGGCUCCCAAACCUGGCACUUCCCAUGGGCAUUGCUGGCCCCUGAGGACUGGGAUGCUGCUGAGGCUGGGAGGAAUUGUCUUGACUUGGUGUGUAGGAAAAACAACCCUCUCCAAAACUGGAACUGCUUCCUCAGCACAGGCUUUAUUUUGGGGGAGUUCUGGCUCUUUGGUGCCUUAAAUUUAUUGCACCUUGAAAGUAGAAAAAAAUCUCCUUAAAUCAGCACUGGGUUUUGGGCUAGCUUGUAUUUGGUGGGACAAAGAUGGAGCACAGCCCAUCCCAGUGCCCAGGCAGCUGCUGGGGAGGGGGGUUCUCCUUGGGCUCCAGUGAUUUCUGCUCCUGGAUUCUGAGAGGGGAAUAGAAACAGACCAAACCCUGUGUGGCAGCUGAGAAAAAAACCCUUAUAUUGUCCACCAUGGGUUUAGGUCUUAAGAGUUAAAGUGUUGCUGGGCCACAGCCCCUGAGGGGGAUGUUCUGUGCUGGUGGUCACUGGCUCUGUCCUUCCCACGGGGUGUGCUCCUGGGGAUGGAGAGGGCAGGUCCUGGCUCUCAGCUCCUCCUGCCUGGUGCCCAAGAGCUGAUCUGUGUUGUCUCUUCUUCCAGAGAUAGUGUUGAGUCCAAACCUGGGACCCUUCCAGGGAUCCAGGGGCAGCCACAGCUGCUCUGGGCACCCUGCCCACCCUGCCAGGGCACAAUUCCUUCCCAAUAUCCCAUCCAUCCCUGCCCUCUGGCAGAGGGAAGCCAUUCCCUGUCCCUCCAGGCUCUUUCCAGCUCUCCUGGAGCCCCUGGUUGGUCACAGUGAAGUUUGACAGCUGCCUUUCCUCAUAACCAUCAUCCACCUGCCCCAAGGCUUUUCCAGAACUGGGAGCAGCUUUCCACUGGAAGUGGGAGGUCCCGAAGCUCUGGGAACACCUUUAAGCUCCUUAAAUAGAGUUGGCCUAGUGUCACCUCCUGGCCCAUCAAGGAUCUGCAGCUGGGAGUCAGAGUUGGUUUGAUCUUGGCUCCAGUGAGGCCCCUGAACUCUUGUCCUCCCAGAGCAUCCAUGCCUACUUCAGAUAGAGCUGGAAAGUCCCUAGGGAAGGCAUGCUUUCAGAAACCAGCCUUGGCUCCUCCUGAUGUUGCCCUUCUCUACCUCUGAGCUGUGUCAAAGCAGUGGCUGAGGUGACAGAGGCUGCUCUUGGUGGGACAAGGACAGGACAGAGGAAAUGACCUCAGGCUGUGCCAGGGCAGGCUCAGGUUGGAUAUUGGCAACAAUUCCUGCCUGGAAAGGACUGUCCAUCCCUGGCACAGCUGCCCAGGGCAGGGGUGGAGCCCCCAUCCCUGGAGGGAUUUAAAAGCUCUGUGAAUGUGGCACUUGGGGACACGGGACACUGGUGGCCUUGGCAGUGGUGGGGAUGGUUUCACUUGAUGGGCUCAGAGGCUUUUCCAACCCCAAUGAUUCCAUGCUGACAAUGGGAGCUAUGCUGACCUCUUUGCCUGUGGAAAAGACUCUGGCCCAUCCAGGUGUGCUCAGACCUGGCUGGAGAAGUCCCUAGGCUGGUCUCCAGGGAAGUGGCUGGGCCAUCCCUGCCCCAGGAGCAGAAAUUCUUGGGGUGAUUUGCCCCAGCCCACAGCACCCCAGGAGCCUGUUUGGUCAGAGCUGGUUGAGACCUCGAAGUCUGCCCCCAUCCCUCCCUGCCAGCAGAGACAGGACUCUGCUCCUGUCCCUUGGGCUGAAGGGGACACUGAUGCUGGCAGUGGCCCACAUGGAAGUGCUGUGGUCCCAUGGGCCCCAAUGGCUUUCCCAGAGUCCAGAGUCUGGGGGUUCAGGUACUGCAGUGGGUGUGAAUUCCAGUCUGUUCAAUGCUACUGCUGAAAUAUUUAUUGUGUUUAAGCCAAACAGAAAAUGAAUAAAGUUCAGAAAAUAAUAAAAUUUUCCACACCUUU